GGGAGGGCAGGCUCCCGGGCCUGGCAUCCCGGUAGCCGGCUUGCAUUUUCCGGCCCCCAGGGCCUCCCUCCCUGCGUGGCGGAGACCCCCAGACUCGCGGGGAUCACCCCGGAGCAGCUGCGUGCCUUGGGUGGCCACCUAGCCCAUCCGAGGCUUCCUCCACCGUUCACAGCCAUGGCCAGCGAGAGCUCCCCGCUGCUGGCCUACCGGCUCCUGGGGGAAGAAGGGGCUGCAUUGCCUGCCCAUGGGGCUGGAGGUCCUGGGGCGGCCUCUGCCCGCAAGCUCUCCACCUUUCUGGGUGUGGUGGUCCCCACAGUCCUGUCUAUGUUCAGUAUAGUCGUUUUCCUCAGGAUUGGGUUUGUGGUGGGCCAUGCUGGGCUGCUGCAGGCCCUGGCCAUGCUCCUGGUUGCCUAUGUCAUCCUGGCACUCACUGUCCUCUCUGUCUGUGCCAUCGCCACCAAUGGAGCUGUGCGAGGGGGUGGAGCCUACUUCAUGAUCAGCCGGACCCUGGGGCCUGAGGUUGGUGGCAGCAUUGGCCUCAUGUUCUACCUCGCCAACGUCUGCGGCUGUGCCGUGUCCCUGCUGGGACUGGUGGAGUCUGUUCUGGAUGUCUUCGGGGCUGAUGCCACAGGCUCCAACGGGCUACGAGUCCUACCCCAGGGUUACGGCUGGAAUUUGCUUUAUGGCUCCCUGCUACUGGGCCUAGUGGGUGGUGUGUGCACAUUGGGAGCAGGACUCUAUGCCCGUGCCUCCUUCCUUACAUUCCUGCUGGUUUCCGGCUCCCUUGCGUCAGUGCUGGUCAGCUUUGUGGCAGUGGGACCCAGGGAUGUCCCCUUAGCUCCUCGACCAGGUGUCAAUAGCUCCUCUGUGCCACCUCGGUUUGGCCAUUUCACUGGAUUCAACAGCAGCACCCUGAAGGAUAACUUGGGCGCUGGCUACGCUGAGGACUACACCACAGGAGCCAUGAUGACGUUUGCCAGUGUGUUUGCUGUCCUUUUCAAUGGUUGUACUGGCAUCAUGGCUGGGGCCAACAUGUCAGGGGAGCUGAAGGACCCCAGCCGUGCGAUUCCCUUGGGCACAAUUGUUGCUGUUGCUUACACCUUCUUCAUCUACAUCCUGCUCUUCUUCCUUUCCAGUUUCACCUGUGACAGAACCCUGCUACAGGAAGACUAUGGAUUCUUCCGUGCCAUCAGCCUGUGGCCGCCACUUGUGUUGAUUGGCAUCUAUGCCACCGCACUCUCAGCCUCCAUGAGCUCUCUCAUUGGCGCCUCCCGAAUCCUGCAUGCCCUGGCCCAGGAUGACCUCUUUGGAGUCAUUUUGGCACCUGCUAAGGUGGUGUCUGGAGGGGGCAAUCCCUGGGGUGCUGUCCUGUAUUCCUGGGGCCUAGUGCAGCUGGUGCUGCUGGCUGGGAAGCUGAACACGCUGGCUGCUGUGGUCACUGUCUUCUACUUGGUGGCUUAUGCUGCAGUGGACCUGUCAUGCCUGAGUCUGGAGUGGGCCUCAGCCCCCAACUUCCGCCCUACCUUCAGCCUGUUCUCCUGGCACACCUGCCUGCUGGGGGUGGCCUCCUGUCUACUCAUGAUGUUCCUCAUCAGCCCUGGGGCAGCUGGCGGGUCCCUGCUUCUCAUGGGCCUGCUUUCUGCUCUUCUCACCGCACGAGGAGGACCCAGCAGUUGGGGCUACGUUAGCCAGGCCUUGCUGUUCCACCAGGUGCGGAAGUACCUGCUCCGCUUGGAUGUCCGAAAGGAACAUGUGAAGUUCUGGAGGCCCCAGCUGCUGCUCCUGGUGGGAAACCCCAGAGGUGCCUUGCCUCUGCUGCGGUUGGCCAAUCAACUAAAGAAGGGGGGGCUCUAUGUAUUGGGCCAUGUCACCCUGGGAGACCUUGACUCCCUGCCAUCAGAUCCAGUACAGCCACAGUAUGGGGCAUGGCUGAGCCUGGUGGACCGUGCCCAAGUGAAAGCCUUCGUAGAUCUCACCCUCUCACCCUCUGUGCGCCAGGGGGCUCAGCAUCUGCUGCGGAUCUCUGGCCUUGGCGGCAUGAAGCCCAACACGUUGGUCCUUGGUUUCUAUGAUGACGCCCCACCCCAGGACCAUUUUCUGACAGACCCAGCCUUCUCCGAGCCGGUGGAGGGGACCAGAGAAGGAGGGUCCCCAGCCCUGAGCACCCUGUUCCCUCCACCACGGGCUCCUGGGAGCCCCAGGGCUCUCAGUCCCCAGGAUUAUGUGGCCACGGUGGCAGAUGCCCUUAAGAUGAACAAGAAUGUCGUUUUGGCCCGCGCCUGUGGGGCUUUGCCCCCUGAUCGGCUGAGCCGGGGAUCGGGGAGCAGCGGUCAGGUACAUCACGUGGACGUGUGGCCCUUGAACCUGCUGCGGCCCCGGGGUGGACCCGGCUACGUGGAUGUCUGUGGCCUCUUCCUGUUGCAGAUGGCCACCAUCUUAAGUAUGGUACCUGCAUGGCACAGUGCCCGACUCCGGAUCUUUUUGUGCUUGGGGUCUAGGGAGGCUCCUGGGGCAGCGGAGGGGAGGCUCCGGGCCCUGCUGAGUCAACUCAGGAUCCGGGCUGAGGUGCAAGAGGUGGUGUGGGGCGAAGGGGCCAGGACUGGGGAGCCAGAGGAGGAGGAGGAGGGAGACUUUGUGAAUGGUGGCAGGGGAGAUGCAGAGGCUGAGGCCUUGGCUUGCAGUGCCAACGCCCUGGUGCGGGCCCAGCAGGGGCGAGGCGCAGGAGGAGGCCCCGGGGGACCUGAAGGAAGGGAUGGGGAAGAGGGACCCUCCACUGCCCUUACUUUCCUCUACCUGCCUCGACCUCCUGCUGAUCCAGCCCGCUAUCCCCGCUACCUGGCGCUGUUGGAGACUCUGAGUCGAGACCUGGGCUCCACUCUUCUUGUUCACGGUGUCACCCCGGUCACCUGUACCGAUCUCUGAUGCCAGUUCAUCUAGGAUUGCUUUCAGAGGGCCCAGGCCCAUUCUGAACAACGGGCUUCUCAUGGGUCCCACCCGACGGAGGAUGUUUCAAGGGGCCUCUGGCCUCCUUUGGGAGGGGUCACAUAGUACACUAAUUCUGGGUGGCUGACCCCAUUGCGCAGGGCAGAGCAUCGCAGCCUUCCUCCUAGCCUGCCCCUCGCUCCCUUCACUGGUGCCUUGACCAGAGGGGCUGGUCUCUUGUGUGACUCUAGGCUACCUCAGUGUCCCCAUCCUGGCUACAGACGCACUGUCCCCCUCGCCCUCCACUUCCUGAGGUGGUGAUGUUUGUGUUUUGUUUUAUUUUUCUAACUGCUGACCCGGAAUAAAAGACCAAAACAUUA